AAUGAAUAUGACCCAGCAGCAAUUGAAUUCGUUCCUGGAUUGAAGUUCAACUUCAUAUAGCUUUGCCGCUGAAUCUCUGCCCUACCCAGCUUUCUAAAGGAGGAAGUGGACGGUAAGGCAUUAAGAAGCAGCAGCAGCAGCAGCAGCAGCUCUUGGUAGCCCGCCCUGUGUAUAAUGGCCAGCCUCCUGAGAGUGGUAGUCAGUAGCUGCUCGAGCCCAGUCUUCAGCAAGCUGUCGGUGAAGGUGCAGACGGUGAAGACUCCAUCUUUGCGGUUAUUCCGAACCCACCAGGCCCUCAGCUGCCAGAGCGCUGUUAGUCCAGGCAUUCCUUAUAAGCAGCUAACGGUUGGGGUCCCCAAGGAGAUCUUUCAGAAUGAGAAGCGAGUGGCCUUGUCCCCUGUUGGGGUACAGGCUCUCAUUAAGCAGGGAUUCAAUGUGGUGGUGGAGUCAGGAGCGGGAGAAUCCUCCAAAUUCUCAGAUGAACAUUACAUUCAAGCUGGGGCCACCAUCAAAGGGACCAAGGAUGUUCUGGCUUCUGACCUAGUAGUCAAGGUGAGGGCUCCUAUCUUCAACCCUGCACUUGGUGCCCACGAGGUUGACCUUCUGAAGGAGUCUGCCACCCUGGUCAGCUUCAUCUACCCUGCACAGAACCCAGAGCUCAUUGAUAAACUUUCCCAGCGCAAGACCAAUGUGCUAGCAAUGGAUCAAGUACCCAGAGUCACCAUCGCACAGGGAUAUGAUGCCCUCAGCUCUAUGGCCAAUAUUGCAGGUUACAAAGCUGUUAUUUUGGCAGCUAAUCAUUUUGGACGCUUUUUCACCGGUCAGAUUACAGCAGCUGGCAAAGUUCCCCCUGCUAAGGUUCUUAUUAUUGGAGGUGGUGUUGCUGGUUUGGCUUCAGCAGGUGCUGCCAAAGCCAUGGGUGCUAUUGUGAGAGGAUUCGAUACCAGAGCCGAUGCUUUGGAGCAGUUCAAGUCCCUGGGUGCGGAGCCACUGGCAGUGGAUGUGAAGGAGUCUGGGGAAGGUCAAGGGGGCUACGCUAAAGUAAUGUCCAAAGAAUUUAUUGAGGCAGAGAUGAAACUAUUUGCCAAACAGUGUCAGGAGGUGGACAUUGUAAUCAGCACAGCCCUUAUCCCCGGCAAGAAAGCCCCAAUUCUGUUCACUAGAGAGAUGAUCGAGAGUAUGAAGGAUGGGUCAGUUGUAGUUGAUUUGGCUGCUGAGGCUGGAGGGAACUUUGAGACCACUGUACCUGGGGACCUGACUGUGCACAAGGGGGUGACUCACAUUGGUUACACAGACCUCCCAAGUAGGAUGUCCUCUCAGGCCAGCGCUCUGUAUUCCAACAACAUCAUCAAGCUGCUGAGGGCGAUCAGCCCCGACAAGGACAAUUUCUACUACAACGUGAAGGAUGAAUUUGAUUUCGGUACCAUGGACCAUGUUGUUCGGGGCACAGUGGUAAUGAAGGAUGGGAAGUUCAUCUUCCCAGCUCCCCCUCCAAACAAUAUCCCUGUGGCUGCACCAGUAAAGCAGAAGUCUGUUCAAGAGCUGGCAGCUGAAAAGAAGGCCGCUGUUUCUCCUUUUGCACAGACCUUGACAAGUGCUGGCGUUUACACUGGAGGUAUUGGUACUUUAAUAGGACUGGGCCUUGCUGCUCCGACUGCUGCCUUCACUCAAAUGGUGACCACCUUUGGUUUAGCUGGAAUUGUGGGCUACCACACAGUCUGGGGCGUCACUCCGGCCCUUCACUCUCCACUCAUGUCUGUCACCAAUGCCAUCUCGGGUUUGACAGCAGUUGGUGGGCUGUCUUUGAUGGGAGGGGGCCUGACCCCCACCGCUACUGCAGAGGUACUGGCUGUAAUGGCAGCCUUCAUUUCCUCUGUCAACAUAGCCGGUGGCUUUCUUGUCACCAAGAAGAUGCUGGAUAUGUUCAGGCGUCCCACUGACCCCCCAGAGCACCACUACCUGUACCUCCUGCCCGCUGGGGUUUUCGUGGGAGGAUAUGCAGCUGCACUCAAUUGUGGUUACAAAAUUGAGGAGAUGAUGUACCUAGGCUCCGGCUUGUGCUGUGUAGGAGCCCUGGCCGGCCUCUCUACCCAGAAGACAUCCAGACUCGGCAAUGCCCUGGGCAUGAUGGGCGUUGCUGGUGGUCUGGCAGCCACCCUUGGGGCUCUGAAGCCUUCCCCUGAACUCCUAGCUCAGAUGAGUGGCGCCAUGGCGGUUGGUGGCACUUUGGGACUGACUAUUGCAAAGCGAAUCCAGAUCUCGGACCUGCCUCAGCUGGUCGCUGCCUUCCACAGCUUGGUGGGGAUGGCUGCAGUCCUGACCUGCGUGGCAGAGUACAUGGUGGAAUACCCACAUUUCGCCACUGACCCAGCUGCCAACCUCACCAAAAUCGUAGCCUACUUGGGUACCUACAUCGGAGGAGUGACUUUCAGCGGCUCCCUCGUCGCUUAUGGGAAACUCCAGGGUUUCCUGAGCUCGUCACCUCUGAUGCUUCCUGGACGUCACUUCUUGAACGCUGGGCUGAUGGCAGCUAGUGUGGGUGGAAUGAUCCCUUAUAUGAUGGAUCCCAGCUACACCACUGGUAUCACCUGCCUGGGUUCUGUGUCUGCACUGUCUGCCGUCAUGGGUGUUACUCUGACUGCGGCAAUUGGGGGUGCUGACAUGCCCGUGGUGAUCACAGUGUUGAACAGCUACUCGGGCUGGGCUCUGUGUGCAGAGGGAUUCCUGCUCAAUAACAACCUGCUCACCAUCGUCGGGGCCCUCAUCGGGUCUUCCGGAGCCAUCCUCUCCUACAUUAUGUGUGUGGCUAUGAACCGCUCUCUGGCUAAUGUAAUUCUUGGUGGCUACGGCACCUCCUCCACUGGCACUGGCAAACCCAUGGAAAUCACUGGAACUCACACAGAGAUCAACCUGGAUCAAACUGUUGAGAUGAUCAAAGAGGCCAACAGCAUCAUCAUCACUCCAGGUUAUGGUCUGUGUGCAGCAAAAGCUCAGUAUCCCAUCGCUGAACUGGUGAAGAUGCUCCAAGAACAGGGCAAGAAAGUCCGGUUUGGUAUCCACCCAGUAGCUGGCCGAAUGCCUGGUCAGCUGAAUGUGCUGCUGGCUGAAGCUGGAGUUCCUUAUGACAUAGUGCUGGAAAUGGAUGAAAUCAAUGAAGACUUCCCAGAAACUGACCUGGUCAUGGUUAUUGGUGCAAAUGAUACUGUGAACUCAGCCGCCCAAGAGGACCCAAACUCCAUAAUUGCUGGAAUGCCGGUUCUGGAAGUCUGGAAAUCGAAACAGAUCAUUAUAAUGAAGAGGUCCCUGGGAGUAGGCUAUGCAGCUGUGGACAAUCCUAUCUUCUAUAAGCCCAAUGCUGCAAUGCUGCUGGGUGAUGCCAAGAAGACCUGUGAUGCUCUGCAUUCAAAAGUUCGGGAGGCGUAUCAGUGAAGAGGCCUGCAGCAAACUGCAGACAAAUCUCCUAAUUACUGAAAAUAUACAGUACAAUCCAGAAACCUGGCAUUAUGUUGGUGUCUUCCCCAACAGCUUUUAUUAUUAGUAGUAGACGAACUGAAACGACAGACUGACCAAUUUUUGUAUAAUGUGUGUAGCUUCCAGUGGUUUUUUUAAAUUGGAAUAUAAGAUUUUUUACAAACUGAAACGCCAUAUUUCUUAUUAAGGUUGAAAAUGAUUCGAGAACAUUUUUUAUUAUUUUAGCCCCCAGUAAAAUAAUAAUGUAUUUUUAAAUAGAUUUCUGGACAGAAGACUUGCUUCUGUAGUGUAAGGGAUUCCAAUGGAAAUAUUGAAUAGUUCUAGAGCUUGGUUUAUUUUCAAAUGUUUGUCUCCAAAUCACCAUAAUGUAUUAUAUGUAAUCGGAGUACAGGGGGGCUUGAUUUUAAUUUUUUUACCAAAAAAAUGCAAAAACAAAAUCAAUAUUUUUCCUGACUUAAUUGUUAUUAUAAAGAAACCCCAAGAUUGCUGUAAUGCCAGUUCUGGAAGUCUGGAAAUCGGAACAGGCGAGUAAAAUAUGAGGGAUCUCAGCCACUUCCAUAAUUUCUGUUAAGACAGCAAUCAAAUAAAUCAGGUUGCAAGGCAUACCUGAGGAAUGCUUUUUACUAUAUCUAUCUAUCUAUCUAUCUAUCUACCUAUAUAUAUAUAUAUAUAUAUAUAUAUAUA